AAAAUCCCACAGCUGCCUUUCUAGACCUUUCAAGGUCCAGACCCCACUCGCACUUCAUUUUCCUAGCUUCCCUUCAAUUCCACAAGAAAAUUUUCAAGAUUCUAUUUCUGCUAAUCUUCUUCAACGAAUAUCUUUUCCAAAAAUUAUCCUCAACUCUUUCUAAUUUCGAAGAAUUUUUGUUUGAAUCGAAAACUUGUAGCUAAUAAUUUGUUGAAAACUUGAUUAAUCAAGAAACUGUGAGAUUCUACGGAUUCUGUGGAAUCUGAUUCUUUGGAGGUUGGAAUCAGAGAGGUGAAUCUAUCAUGGAGCAACCACCGGAGAGUGGAAGUGGGAGAUGGAGUGGUUUGGAAUUCGAGGCGGCGCGGAAGAUAAUAUUACGGUGGGACUCAACCGCAUCGGAGGAAGCUAGGGAGAAGAUGAUCUUCGACGGCGAUCGUGAUGAGGUCAACCGAUACUUACAGGCCGUCGAUGAAAUCCAACGCUCCAUGUCCACCGCUUCCAUUUCCUCCACCGCGGAGGAUCAAGAAAGCAAUAAUAUGGUCAAUAACCCCGCCACCAUCCAGAUCGCUAUGGCUCGAUUGGAGGACGAGUUCCGCAACAUCCUUCUUAUACAUACUAGUCCAAUCGAGGCUGACUCUCUCACUGAUCCUUCAAGCUCAUCGUCCCGCCUCUCCACCGACGAGUCGCUUGAUGAAAGUUUAAGUCUCGGCGAGGGUUUGGAUGCGAGGGUGAAACAACACCAGGAAGAUGAAGAACAACAACCAGAAGGAAUAUCGGCGGACUCGUCAAGUUUCAGUCACUCGAGUUACCGAUCCACGAGUAGUAUUCGCGAGAUCGAUCUGAUUCCAGAGGAAGCAAUUAACGACUUGCAGUGCAUCGCGAAACGCAUGAUCUCUGGUGGAUUCUUGCGAGAGUGUAUCCAGGUGUACGGGAGUGUUAGGAAAUCUGCCGUGGACGCCAGCUUCCGAAGGCUUGGUAUCGAGAAGUUGAGUAUUGGAGACAUUCAGAGGCUUGAAUGGGACGCCUUGGAAACGAAGAUUAGGCGUUGGAUACGUGCUGCGAGGAUCUGCGUAAGGAUUUUGUUCGCGAGCGAGAAGAAGCUCUGCGAACAGAUUUUUGCAGGGGUUGGUACUGCCAUUGACGAUGCUUGCUUUAUGGAGACGAUUAAAGCUCCCGCAAUUCAGCUCUUUAAUUUUGCUGAAGCUAUAAGCAUAAGCAGGAGAUCCCCAGAAAAGUUGUUCAAGAUUCUUGACCUACAUGAUGCGUUGAUGGACCUUCUACCUGAUAUUGAAGCUGUAUUCGAUUCGAAAUCGUCUGAUUCCAUUCGUGUCCAGGCGGCAGAGAUCCUAUCCAGGUUAGCGGAGGCAGUAAGAGGGAUUUUGUCAGAGUUUGAGAAUGCUGUGUUGCGUGAACCUUCUAGGGUUCCUGUCCCUGGAGGGACUAUACAUCCCUUGACUAGGUAUGUGAUGAAUUACAUCAGUUUGAUCUCCGAUUACAAACAGACUUUGAUUGAGCUUAUUAUGUCAAAACCAUCUACUGGGUCAAGGAAUUCAGGUGAUCCAACCACCCCGGAUAUGGAUUUUGCUGAGUUGGAGGAGAAAACUCCCUUAGCACUUCAUUUGAUUUGGAUUAUUGUGAUUUUGCAAUUCAAUUUGGAUGGCAAGUCCAAACAUUACAAAGAUGCAUCAAUAUCCCAUCUCUUUAUGAUGAACAAUGUUCACUAUAUAGUUCAAAAGGUGAAAGGGUCACCAGAAUUGAGAGAAAUGAUUGGGGAUGAUUAUUUGAAGAAGCUAACAGGGAAAUUAAGGCAGGCAGCAACCAGCUACCAGAGAGCAACAUGGGUGAAUGUUUUGCAUUGUUUAAGAGAUGAGGGAUUACAUGUGAGUGGGAGUUUCUCUUCUGGGGUAUCAAAGAGUGCAUUGAGAGAGAGGUUUAAGACCUUCAAUGCUAUGUUUGAGGAGGUUCAUAGGACUCAAGCUACAUGGCUGGUACCAGAUCCUCAGCUUAGGGAGGAGCUACGAAUAUCGAUAUCGGAGAAGUUGAUUCCUGCUUACAGGUCAUUUCUCGGGCGGUUCAGGAGCCAUAUAGAGAGUGGAAAACACCCAGAGAAUUACAUCAAGUACUCGGUUGAGGAUUUAGAGGAUGCUGUUUUAGAUUUUUUUGAGGGUUACCCUGUAUCCCAGAACUUGAGGAGGAGGUCUCAUUGAAGGGGUGGUGAUGGUAUGUUUGCUUAAGUUAGAAAAUUAGGACACAUUCUUUGAAUUUUUUUUUUGUGGAAUAUUUGGGGGGAUAUGGUGCUGGUGAAUCUGGGCUAUUUUACUGUUCUUUAAGCAUAUCUUAUAGUUCUCUCAACUUAUGUGAAAAAGAUUGAUUUCAUUGGAAACAUCAGGUGUAGCUAUCCAGAAUAGCCAGGUUCCUAAGCCUGAAUGCUUCUGCACUGUAGCAUAUUGUUUGUUUUUAUUACCACAUUAAAUUAUUUUUGUUGCACUUGUUCAUAUGGAAUAUUGCCGCACCUGCAUAUGUGGUUUCUCUUCAAUCUAUGAUAUCAAAUGGCAUUUUUUCGUGUA